GGCAACAGGCAUACUCUGACGUUCUUUCCACUUAUAACGUCACACUUUACGCUGCAAUAUUACGCUUAUUAUAUAUAUAUAUACUAUACAUAUAUAUGUUUUUGUAUAUAAGUGAUUAGAUUAUUAUUAUUCUGCACUAUACUACACAAUGCAGACAGAUGUACCAAUCGUGAUUGUAUAUUAUAUAUAUGUUGGAUAACUAUCACUACUUAGACUUGUACUAUUAUCCAUACAACUUCAUAUACAAUCACAUUUAUGUUUGUGUGUAUGUUUACCCGUACCACAUGGCCAAUUUAUAGUAGUGGGACGUUAUUUUAACUUUCAUGUUUUUUUUUAUACUCAUGACACUCAGUAACCUGAAUUACGUCCGCUCUUAUACUCUGUUCGUUACUUGUGCCCGUAUAUUCAAAUUUCACUACGGCUAUGUUAUUGUAUAAUAAGUUAUUUACGUCAUAUAAUUUAUUGUUUACUAAUAAACUGUUUUAUUAUUCAAACAAAAAAGUUUGUUUUAUUUAUUAAUUUAAAAAAAAUGUGUUUAUUAAUAUUUUAUUUUAGUGAAUUAAUAAAAUGAAAGAGUUUAAAAAUAAUUAUUUUGAAACGUCAACUUUUUUUUUUUUUUUUAUACAUGCAUUGUACAUUUAUGCAAAAUGAUGAAUUAUGAAUAACAAACUAUGGAUUACGAUAAUGAAUUUAACAAGUAGGUCAUGAGAUACCUAUCAAAAUGAAAAUUUAUGUAAUUAUCAUUUUACUAUUGAUUGUGAUAAUACAAUGUGCCAAUACAUCAAACCAAUGUCUUACAACGAUAAAAGAAGUAAAUCCAAAACGUGUUAUCCAUUUGGAUGGUCAAUCACUUGAAAUUUCAUUUGAGUUGACUCGGCGUCCUACUCAGCGACUAGUAACAAGAAUAAUGAAAAUAUUUCUUGUUGAAAUACUCGGUUAUCCCGGCGUCACGUUAAUUGAGAAGGACGACUGGUUUGAUGCAACUACCGUAAUUUCAAGAAUGUCUGAAACAUUAACAUACACCGACCAAAGAAUUGUUCCAGAAACAAUGGUGAAUAUGGAAGUAUGGAUACCGCCACAAGAAGACAUAAUGCAAAUACUUAGUCGUUACGAUGUUAAAGAAUGUGGUUCCAUAACAACACCUGGUCGAUUUAGUUGGUACAUUCCCGUAGAACUUAGUGAUCCAGAUGAUAAUUGGCGAACAUUUGCUUACCCCGAAACAGCAUCACGUUUUGAUCUUAAUGAUGAUAUUUUAACAGUUAUUAAAAACUUAACUCAAGCACCUAACGGUCGUUAUUAUUGUCAAGAAGCAUUUUGUAACAAAGGAAUGUACAUUCCACCUCAUUGUAAAAAUCACUCAAAUCAAAAUAAUAAAUCAAAUUGUGCUCUUUUAUUGGCGUCAGAAUCAGACAUAACUUACUUUAUCAAAGAUCAUAUAGAUAUUUUGAAGCUUUAUGUUAAAGUCAUAUGGAUUGGUCCACAUUUAAGAAAUUUCACUAAAUUCCUUACAAAAGAGUAUCUUGCAACAAGUAAUCCUAAGCCUCAAUCAUUUUCAAUUUUACACUGGACGCCAAGUGAUGUUAUUCCUAAUGAACGUGACUUUAUAGCAAUUGAAUUUCCCGGUUGUGGAAGUAGAGGUUUAAAUAUUGGUUGCGUUUACGAGUCAAAUCGUUUAGUAAAACUUGCUUGGUCUAAGUUAGAGACGAUCGGAAAAUUUGCAUGGGAAGCUAUCAAUCGUGCGCAAUUAAGCUCCAAAAUGUAUGAAGAUCUGAUAAGUCGUUACAAUAAUUUGAUAGAUUUUGAUACCAGUGAAGAUGAUAUUGCAUGUGGAUGGAUAAAAGAUAAUUUAAAUUAUACACUACACUAUUGGAUGCCUAAUGAUGAUGACAAAAAUGUUUUGUAUAUUGGUGGUAUUUUCCCUAUGACUGGGACACCCUACACUGCUAAGUCAAUAGCAGUCGCCGCACUUAUGGCAAGACAAGCUAUAAAUAAAAACAAUACUAUAUUGCGGGAUUAUGACAUUACGCUGCUUGCAAGUGAUGGUCAGUGUAAAUCAGAUAUGGUUAUGAAAUCAUUUAUUGAUUACAUUGUUCAUAAUUACUAUAAAAAAUUGAUUGGCGUAUUGGGGCCUGCGUGUUCAGAAACAAUUGAACCACUUAUUGGUAUUUCAAGGCAUUAUAAAACAAUGAUCAUAAGUUAUAGUGCUGAAGGAUCAACAUUCAAUGAUCGCAGUAGAUAUCCAUAUUUUUUUCGUACUAUCGGUGAAAAUAAACAGUAUCGUCAUGUUUAUUUACAACUAUUUCAACACUUUGGAUGGAAACGAAUAGCAGCAUUAACGGAAGAUGGACAAAAGUAUACCGAAUAUAUUUCGUAUAUGCAAGAAAUUUUACGAGAUAAUGGAAUUAAUUUUAUUGCUAAUGUUAAAUUUCCACGUGAGCGAGAAGGUCAUGAAAUGACUGAGUAUCUUGAAGACUUGAAAAAAAUACGAGCUAAAAUAAUAAUUGCUGAUGUUUAUGAUACUAUAGCACGUCAAGUGAUGUGUGAAGCUUAUAAAUUAAAAAUGACAGCGUAUGAUGGAUACGUAUGGUUUUUACCACUAUGGCUUCAAAUGAAUUGGUUUGAUACGGAUGAAUACAAUAAAUAUGGUGAAAAUGUAUCAUGCUCUACAUCAGAAAUGAUUGAAGCAAUAAAUGGUCACCUUAGUGUUUCUUAUGUGUAUUUUGCAAAAGACAAUUCAUUGAUGCAAGAAGGCAUAAAAGUCCGCGAAUGGCGUGAUAAGUAUGAAGAGUUAUGUAGUAAUAAAAAAUUAUACCCAUCACCGUACGCUGGGUAUGUUUAUGAUGCAGUGUGGACUUACGCUUACGCAAUCGAUAAAUUAAUAAAAGAAAAUCAAAGUUACAUUUUUGAUUUACACUCAAACCAAACGGUCAAUAGAUUGACAGAUAUUAUUGCGUCAACGGAUUUUCAAGGUGUUUCGGGCAAUAUUAAAUUUUACGGCGGACCAUCAAGACUAUCAAUGAUUACAAUUGCCCAACGGAUAAAUAAUGAAAGUAAAACAGUCGGUAAUUUUUAUCCAAAUAUUUCGGAAACAAAAGGUGAAAUAAUUGGUGGGAAAUUGGAACUCAAUGAAUCGGCAAUUGUAUGGUUGAAUUUAAAACUACCAGAUGAUGGUUCAGAACCACCAGCAAGAUGUAUUUUAGCUGGUUUAGCUGAACUAUUAAACGUUAGUUGUGAAGUUGCAAUUGUCAUUGCUAAUGUAAUUGGAUUGAGUUUAUUGGGUGGAUUUUUGAUAACAGGUUUUAUAAUUGUUAAAAAGAAAUACGAUGAAAAAGUACGUUUACAAGAAAAAGUUCUUGAAUCAUUUGGAUUAGAUCCACGACAAGCAACUUUAGAUCUUGAUAAAUGGGAAAUACCACGCGAACGAGUUGUUAUUAAUCGUAAAUUGGGGGAAGGUGCCUUUGGUACAGUUUAUGGAGGAGAAACAUUUUUUCCGGAGAAGGGUUGGUUGGCUGUUGCCGUUAAAACACUUAAAUUGGGUAGUACUACGGAACAAAAAUUAGACUUUUUAAGUGAAGUUGAAGUUAUGAAACGUUUUGAACAUAAAAAUAUCAUUAAAUUACUUGGUGUUUGUAUUAAAACAACACCAGUGCUGACUGUUAUGGAGUUUAUGCUCUAUGGGGAUUUAAAAACUUAUUUAUUGGCAAGAAGGCAUUUGGUUAAUGAUCAUAAUUAUGAAGAUACCGAUGAAAUUUCAAACAAAAAACUUACAGCAAUGGCAUUAGAUGUCGCAUGUGGAUUGAGUUAUUUGGCGCAACUCAAAUACGUCCAUAGAGAUGUCGCAUCCCGUAAUUGUCUGGUUAACGCACAAAGGGUUGUUAAGCUUGGUGAUUUUGGGAUGACAAGACCGAUGUAUGAAAACGAUUACUACAAAUUUAGUCGUAAAGGAAUGUUACCAGUUCGUUGGAUGGCACCAGAAUCAUUAAGUUUUGGUGUCUUUUCGCCAGCUUCUGAUGUAUGGUCCUACGGCGUAUUGCUGUACGAAAUAGUAACCUUCGGCAGUUUUCCUUUUCAAGGACUAAGUAAUAAUCAAGUUUUAAGUUACGUUAAAGAAGGAAAAACACUUGAUAUACCCAAAGGCGUCAAACCACAAUUAGAAACAUUAAUUAAAUCGUGUUGGGCAUUCGAUUAUACGAAAAGACCGACGGCGCCGGAAAUUGUUGAUUUUUUGGCAAUGAAUCCUCGUGUUCUGAGUCCAUGUCUCGACGGCCCAUUAUCGAGUGUUCAAAUAGAUCACAGUGGCGAUAUUGACUCACUUACGAAAUCAGCUAAAAAGUUUUCAAUAUCACUUGGGUGGCCUCCGUCACAACGUCAAUUAUCACCGUCUACGUCAAAUCAACUGACAAUACCAAAUUUACGAAAUGCUCAAUUAGUCGAUAAUGAUUGUAAUUUCGAUACUGAAACUCGAGACAAUGAUAAUGAUGAUGAUGAUGAUGAUGAUACUGAUGAUGUUAUGAACGUUAAUCGUUUAAUUGAGAUGUCAAAUGAUUAUAAUAAAUGCUCAAUACCUUUGUUGUCAAAUAAUAAUAAGAUACAUAAUAUUAACAAUAAUCAACUGCCGAUAUUUAUUCAAAGUAAUGAAAAUAGUGAAAACAUUCCAAAAUAUGUUAACAUUCAACCGGGUAGUUGUGUAGCUAAUGGUAGUAUAGAAACUAAAGACCAGAGUGACAGUGAUUUGUGACAAAAUUUUUCCAAUGCUGGACAUUUAUGUACUGGGCCAUAAUGGCCAUUGGCUCCGCUCUCACUAGUAAGGAAUAGUCUAAGGUAGGGCACGUCAGAAUCAGUCUCAAUGAUCGUCAGUGAGUCCGAUCGCUAACAAGGGACGGAAUUACUGCAAUCAUAUGACACUACGUCGGGUAAAAGAAAAAUUAUUGGUUGGCUGUAGUGCAAUGGGUAAAGAGUUGACUGUAUGGUAACUGAUGAUUAGUGAAGUACCUAAUGGGAAAGUUAUAGCUCAGGGUGUUAAGAUCGAGUGUGAUUACCUGGAAAAAUAAUUUAGAUCUAUGUAGAUCUUAUAUUUAAAGCAGAUCUCAAAAGAUCUCUGAUGAUUUCGGCAGAUUGUCAAUGACUUUAGAUCUGCGGUAAACUUCUAAAAUUUCUAAUGAUUUGGAAUUUUUAAUGAUUUUAGAUCUAUGUGGAUCUUAAAAUUAAAUCAGAUCUCAAAAGAUCUCUAUUAGUUUCGGCAGAUUGUCAAUGACUUCAGAUCUACGGUAAACUUAAAAGAUUUCUAAUGAUUUCGAAUCUUUGACGAUUUUAGAUCUAUGGUGAUCUCAAAAAAUUUGUACUGAUCUUAUCAGAUUUCCAGGAUUUAACAUAUCAAGGAAGAUCUAUUUAUUUUUAUGGAGAUCUACAGAGAUCGACUAGUUGUAAAUAUAAAUUUUUAUUAUUAGAGCUACAAAUUCGUCGGAGAUCUCCAACGAUUUCCGUAAUUUUCAUAGAUCUUUUGAAAAAAAAAAGCCCUAGUAACUAUAAUAUCGUCCUGAUCUCCACAGAUCUAAAAUUUGGAAUAGAUCUCUGAUGAUUUAGACGAAUCGGCAAUGAUUUUAGAUAUAUAGCGAUCUCUAAUGAUCUCACCAAAUCUUUUAAGAUUUUACUAUGAUAUCAUAGUAGAUCUAUUAAGAUUUAUGGAGAUCGACAAAUUAUAAACAUCAAUUUUUCUUAGUAGAGCUGCAGAACUCACCUGAGAUCUCCAACGAUUUACGCCAAUUUCCAUAAAUUUUCGUAGAUCCUUUGACAACUAUGAGAUCUACUUUGAUCUCCGCAGAUCUGCUAGAAGUAACGUAGAUCUAACUAUUGGAAAAAUCAGAUUCACGUAGACCUACUGAAGAUCUAAACAAUUAUUCUCCCAGAUAAUUUGUUAAUUUAAAUUCUCUGAAUCUCAAGUAAUAUAAAUUUAUGUAUUUGUUUUUUUAUUUCCCAAAGUAUUUAAAAAAAGAAAUUUAUUUUCAUUAGUAAAUAUGUAAGAGAAAAGUGUUAUAAAUGUACAGAUAUAUUUUUUUAUUUAUUUUAUAUUCGUCACAAGUUAUGUGAUUUUUCAUGUAAAUAAGUGUAAAAAGUAUAAAUUCAUCAUAUUUUACAAAUAUAUAUUGUAAGCCACUGAUUAUUCAUUAUUAAUAGAACAGUACAAGUAUGUUAUAUAUACAAUAUAUAACACAUUUAAUCAUUUAGCAAAUAUUUAACACAAGAUGUCGAACACAUGUCAGUUAACACUUUGUAUUUUUAUAAAAAAAAAAAAAAAUCUUAAUUAAAAUUUUCCGUGUUACCUCCCCGAGGUCACUUCUAAAAAAAUUUUUCAAAACUGAAUGGUUUGAUCCAUUGAUUUUUAAUUGUAAUUACAAAUUAUAAAAAAUAUAUGCGAAAAAGAGGUUUCAUUUAAUCACUUGAUUCAUUGAUACAUUAAUGUAAAUAAGAUUUACGAUACGAAUAUACUUACGGUAAAAUUAUAAAACUAUAUAA